AUGAGAGCCACACCCGAGAAGCAUGAGACCAUGGCCCCCAGCCCGACAAAGGGACAUAUCCAAGACCAAUCACCCUUGUCUAUAGACUAUAAAAGUCUAAAAUUCUUUGCGGCUGGCAGAUUAGGAUUAAUACAUGCUAUAGAUAAGGAAAGAAUUCUAAAGGAGUUCUAUAACAAGGGAAUUAAUAUGAAAUAUUAA